AUGUCGGCCCAACCUCUGGAAGCCCUCUCUGGAGGCAGCGCGCAGAACACAAGAAUUCUUCUCAGAGUCAUUAUCCUGGGCUUGAUUGCAGCUGCCGCUGUUGCAAGCCGUCUUUUCUCUGUCAUUCGCUUUGAGAGUAUUAUUCACGAAUUCGACCCCUGGUUUAACUUCAGAGCGACUAAAUAUCUCGUGGCCAAUGGGUUCUACAAGUUCUGGGAUUGGUUUGAUGAUCGCACAUGGCAUCCUCUCGGUCGGGUUACUGGAGGAACCCUUUACCCUGGUCUGAUGGUGACCAGCGGCGCCAUCUACCAUGCACUUCGAGCUCUUACCGUCCCCGUCGAUAUCCGCAACAUCUGUGUUCUUCUCGCACCAGCUUUCUCCGGCCUCACGGCGUUUGCUGCAUAUCUACUGACGAAUGAGAUGACUACAUCACCAUCGGCCGGUCUCCUUGCUGCUGCUUUUAUGGGCAUUUCUCCCGGCUACAUUUCUCGAUCUGUUGCUGGCAGUUACGAUAACGAGGCCAUCGCCAUCUUCCUUUUGGUAUUUACCUUCUACUUGUGGAUCAAGGCACUGAAGCUGGGCUCCAUGCUUUGGGGAGCUCUUUGCGCCCUUUUCUACGGCUACAUGGUUGCCUCCUGGGGUGGUUAUGCCUUCAUCACCUGCAUGCUUCCUUUGCAUGCGUUGACCUUGGUUUGCAUGGGCCGUUACAGCACCCGUCUCUAUGUCAGCUACACUACAUGGUACGCCUUGGGAACCCUGGCAAGCAUGCAGAUUCCCUUUGUCGGCUUCCUGCCCGUUAAGACGAGCGAGCACAUGCCAGCCCUCGGUAUGUUUGGUUUCUUGCAGCUGAUCGCAUUCAUCGACUACGUCCGAAGCGCUAUCCCCAGUCGCCAAUUUCAGACCUUUUUGUACACCUUCCUGGCUGCGACCUUCGGCCUUGCGUUGGCUGGCUUGGUGGCUUUGACCUCGCUCGGCUACAUCGCUCCUUGGGGUGGCCGUUUCUACUCCCUCUGGGAUACCGGAUAUGCCAAGAUUCACAUCCCUAUCAUUGCCUCUGUCUCCGAGCACCAGCCUACUGCCUGGCCUGCUUUUUUCUUCGACCUUAAUCUUCUCGUAUGGCUUUUCCCCGCCGGUGUCUACCUGCUUUUCCAGGACCUCAAGGAUGAGCACGUCUUUGUCAUCGUCUAUGCGCUCUUCGGAAGUUACUUCGCUGGUGUUAUGGUGCGGUUGAUGCUUACUCUGACACCCAUUGUGUGUGUUGCCGCGGCUAUCGCAGCCUCGCAGAUCCUGGAUACAUACAUGGUCGCCAAGUCGCCCAACCCUGAAGACCACCAGGCGGCUGAAGCUGUUGAGGCCACUUCCAAGAAGGCUAAGCAAGGAGGGUUGAAGUCUACCAGCAAACCCCUCAUCGGAAUUUACACAUUCCUGUCCAAGGGCCUUGUUGUUGGCGGCAUGUCUAUAUUCCUGCUGCUCUUCGUUCUCCACUGCACCUGGGUUACGUCCAACGCCUAUUCUUCUCCCUCCGUUGUCCUCGCCAGCAGAAUGCCUGAUGGAAGCCAGCAUAUUAUUGACGACUACCGCGAGGCCUAUCAGUGGCUGCGUCAGAACACCAAGGAGGACGCCAAGAUUAUGUCAUGGUGGGAUUACGGCUACCAGAUUGGUGGUAUGGCGGAUCGCCCUACUCUGGUCGACAACAACACCUGGAACAACACGCACAUUGCCACCGUUGGCAAGGCGAUGAGCUCUCGUGAGGAAGUCAGCUACCCUAUCAUGCGCCAGCACGAGGUCGACUACGUCCUUGUUGUCUUUGGUGGUCUUCUAGGCUACUCCGGUGACGACAUCAACAAGUUCUUGUGGAUGGUUCGUAUUGCCGAGGGCAUUUGGCCUGAGGAAGUCCAAGAGCGCAAGUUCUUCACUCCCCGCGGCGAGUACAGAGUCGAUGAGGGUGCUACCGACACCAUGAAGAACAGUUUGAUGUAUAAAAUGUCCUACUACAACUACAACUCGCUUUUCCCCCAAGGUCAGGCCCAGGACCGUGUCCGUGGCGUUCGCCUUCCUGACGUUGGCCCCACCCUUGACACCCUGGACGAGGCUUUCACCAGUGAGAACUGGAUCAUCCGUAUCUACAAGGUCAAGGACCUUGACAAUGUGGGUCGUGACCACGCAGCUGCUUCUGCCUUUGAAAGGGGCCAGAAGAGGAAGGCGCUCAAGAAGAAGCGCGGCCCCAGAGUCCUCAGAGUGGACUAA